AUGACAGACAGCAAACUGCAGCGGAAGCGCAACACGGCAGCAGACAGCGAAAUCGCAGGGGACAGCUUGCACGUAGACACGCGUCCCAGCCUGCUGGACACUGCGACGUCGUUGAUUUCGCCAGAGAAUAGACGGCCACAGCUCAACCUGGCGUACUCGAGCAGCGCCAGCUCAUUUUUCACGAACCACAACAACAGCAACACACCAGCAGUGGCAGCGCAGCCGCGGCACCUGGAACGCGGACUGCUGCAAGGGCAGCGGUCGUUUGAGGAGACGGUUGACCGGAACAACGGUGACAACGUCGCUGCUGGACCCGCAUCCAGCGAUCAUCCCACCGCCGGGGUCGCGGCUGGCGUUUGCGGGGUCGGGGUGGACGACAUGCUGACGCGCAAGGCGCAGGCGCCGCUGUGCCUAUUCAACUACUGGCAGUACCUGGCGGAGGUGGAAGGCGGAGCGCAGGAGCUGCAGUUCUGGCUGGCGCUGGCAAGCUACGAGGAGCUGUGCCGGUCGUAUGCAGGCACGCUGCCACCGGUGCCGCUGAACGUGUAUUCGCCGAACAGCCGGCAGGCGGCGGGUAACGCGCGGCGGAUCAGUCUGGUUGAGGCCAGCGCACGGAUCCUGGCGAUGGCGCCGAGCGAGGCGAGUAGGCAGGAGCUGACGGCCAGCAACCGGAUCAGCUCGGCGGUCAGCAACCUGGACAAAGACACGCAGCAGCUGGACAGCUAUCUGGCGAGCCUGUCGCACCAGACCGCAGUGGCAGGUGCGCAGACCGCGUGUACGCAGCACGAGAUCUGCCGGUCGGACCAUGGGCAGGCUUUUUCCGACCGGCUGUUCUCGGGCGAUGCGCAGGCGGUGGAUGCAGCGGAGCGGGUGAGCGGCGACAAUACCGAGUUGCCGCUGCUGGCGCCGUCGCAGAGCGAGACCAAGGAGGGCGUGGCAACGCAGGCGGAGAUCCGGCGAGCGGCCGAGCGCCUGUUCUUCCAGUUUGUGCAGUCGGGGGCGCCAUUGCGGUGCGGAAUUGAGCGCGAGCGGCGGAUCGACCCGGAGCUGUUUGCCCCGUCGUACCCGCGGUUCCUGCGCGAACGCAUUUACCACAACACGACGCGGGCGACGGCGGCACCACGCAUAGCGCUGGGGCUGGCGCUGAUUUUCAUUGCGCUGACAUUCCAGUUUUCGCUGAUCUUCCUGGACGUGACGCCCAAGGGCUGGCGGUGGCUGCCCAUUGCGUGCCUGUGGCCGGGCUUUGUGCUUGGGUUUGCUGGAGUGUCGCGCAUCGACCCGGUGCUGGCGCUGGACUGGCAGCCGGUGCGCGACCGGCACAUCAAGGACUCGCACCUGAAAAAGGCGUCGGUGCAGCUAGCGGUCACAGCCCUGAUCGCUGUGGUCAUCACGCUGGUGCUGUUCCUGGUGCCCGGCCACCACCUCUAG